AUGGUCUCCCUUCAACCCCGCCUCGAGAAGCUCCGCGCCGGUGUCCACCAGCUCGUCGUGGACGGCAAACCGUUCAUGAUGCGCGCCGGCGAGCUCAACAACUCGUCCAUGAGCUCGGCAAGCUUUAUGCGCACAGUGUGGCCCGAGAUGCAGCGCGCCAACGUCAACACAGUCCUCGGCGGCGUACCGUGGGACCAGAUCGAGCCGGUUGAGGGCCAGUUUGACUUUUCCGAGCUGGACCAGAUCAUUGUUGAUGCCCGCGCGCACGACAUUCGCCUGGUGCUACUGUGGUUUGGUUCUUUCAAGAACGGAGCCUCGCAGUACCCGCCAGCGUGGGUCAAACUUGAUCCCAAACGCUUUCCUCGCCAAAAGGUCGGCGCCAUCCCCCAAACCGCCAACUACCUCUCUGUCUUUGACCCCAAGAAUCGCUCCCGGGAUGCUGACGCGAACGCGUUCAAGCGCCUGAUGGAGCAUGUCCGUGAGGUUGACGGCGCACACGGAACCGUGAUCAUGGUCCAGGUUGAGAACGAGACAGGUCUGCUGGGCGACUCGCGCGACCGGAGCGAACUCGCGAAUGCUGCGUUUGAGGCACCUGUGCCUGCAGACCUUGUUGAGUUGUUCGACAAGCAGUGGGAGACUAUGAACAGUACGAUCCGGACCACCUUCGCCGAGCAGCGGAAAGCUGGUUCCAUCAAGGCUACUUCCACAUGGGAAGAGGCAUUUGGCAAGAGCAAGUCCACCGACGAGCUGUUCAUGGCAUACCACUAUGCCAAGUACGUAGGCGCUGUUGCGGCUGCAGGAAAGGCCGCCUACCCGAUCCCGCACUACACCAACGCGUGGCUGCGCAACAUUCCGGAUGGUGCCGAGGUGGACGGGGCAACAGUCGUCGGCUUUGGCGGCAUUUUCCCGGGUGCGUACCCUUCCGGUGGCCCGGUCGAGACGGUGCUUGACAUCUGGAUGGAGUUUGCGCCGGCCAUCGACUUUUUCUCGCCUGACAUCUACAUGGAUGGAUACGACUCGACGUGUGCGUUGUACUCGCACCGUGGCCAGCCGCUGUUUAUCCCCGAGCAGCGACGGGACGAGUUUGGUGCAAUCCGGCUGUGGUCGGCCAUUGGGCGAUUCAACGCUCUGGGGACAUCUCCGUUCGCGAUCGACAGCGGCGAGACACCAUACACCGAGCAUUACCUUUUGCUCAAGCAGGCCGCACCGCACAUUCUCGACGCACGCGUCCAGGGCUAUCCCAUGGACGGCUUCCACUUUGACGCCUUUGCGCCCGGAAGCCCCGACCCGUCCCCCGCACGCACGCUGCAUUUUGGCGAAUGGGGCCUCCUGGUAGAGCGCGCCGAGGUUCACGGGCACCCGGCUGCGGCGUAUGGCAUCAUUAUCCAAACGGCUAGCAACAAGUUCUUCCUCAUCGGUGCGGGGUACCAGAUCAAGUUCUCGUCCAACCGGAAGGACGCAACGUACACUGGCCUACUCUCCUUUGACGAGAAGGAAGUGGACGACAGGGGCGAGCUGCGCACCGGUCGUCUCCUCAACGGCGACGAGACACAGCAGGGAAUGGCUGUCGUGAUGCCUAGCAAAGAGAUCGACUUUGGCGAUUUCUGGUUCAUCGCGAUGCAGGUGCCAGCGCGGACGCGUCUAGCCGAGUGCACGGUGUAUUCUCUAUACGAGUAG